GUCUGGGCUACGGGAGUGUUGGCCUUCGAGCUGCUCCACGGCUACCCGCCCUUCUUGGGCAGCCACCGCGAGGAGACGGAGCAGCUCAUCAUGACAGCCGAGGUGCAGCUCAGCCCGCAGCUCUCACACGGCGCCCGCGACUUCAUCCUUUCCUGCCUCCGCAAGGAGUCCGCGGACCGGCCCACCGUGAAUCAGCUGCUCCAGCACACCUGGAUCCGGCAGCACACGCGG